AUGGCUCACGCUGAUCUAGUUGAUCAAGCCAUUAACCGGCUCAAGAACGAGCCACUCUUCACUGGGCUUGCGUUCAUCGAUGGUCACUGGGUAGAGAAGAAGAACAAGUUUGAAGUUCUCGAGCCUGCAACGGAGAAGAUUCUCGGACAUGUUGCCAAUUGUGAUCUUGCAGAUUUCCAACGCGCUAUUGAAUCCGCACAUGAUGCCCAGAGAGUUUUCUUUCGGGGCUCGACCGCCCAGAGUAGGGGCAUCGCUAAUGCAGCAGCAGUGGCGACAAUUCUGAGUCUUGAAAAUGGUAAGCCAAUUGCAGAGUCUCUUGGAGAGAUUGUGUUUGCGGCGUCAUUCGUGUCAUGGUUUGCCGAAGAAGCCCCCCGGGUCUAUGGAACGACAAUCCCGUCCCAACAGGCAAAUACGAAUGUUUGGACUAUCAAAGAGCCAGUGGGGGUCUGUGGAAUCAUCACGCCUUGGAAUUUCCCAGCGGCCAUGAUCACGCGUAAGGUUGCACCGGCUUUAGCCGUUGGCUGUUCUGUUGUUAUCAAACCACCCAGCGAAACGCCGUUCACAUGCCUUGCAUUGACUAAGCUCGCGCUCGAGGCCGGCUUUCCCCAAGCAGUCAUCCAGGUGUGCCCAACAAAGGAUCGGCAAGCAGCCACAGAUUUGGCAACAAAUCCACUUGUGAAUAAGCUUAGCUUUACGGGCUCGACCGGCGUUGGGAAGAUGCUAGCAAAGCUCGCGGCCGGCACCUUGAAGAGAGUCAGCCUUGAGCUCGGCGGAAAUGCACCAUUUAUUGUCUUCGAUGAUGCCGAUAUUGACGCUGCUGUUGAUGGCGCAAUUUUCUCCAAAUUUCGUGGUUCAGGGCAGACUUGUAUCUGUGCCAAUCGCAUCCUCGUCCAAAAUACCGUUGUCAGAGAGUUCACGCAGAAACUUGUUCAAAAGGUGGCAUCCUUCAAACUUGGCAUAGGGCUGGACUCUGCAACCACUCAAGGCCCACUGGUGAACCAAAGUGCCGUGACCAAAGUCCAAUCGCACAUUGAAGAUGCAGUGUCGAAAGGUGCAGUAGUGGAGAUUGGAGGAAGUAGCACUGUUGGUGAAGGGUUCUUUUUCCAGCCGACCGUAUUAUCUAGAGUCACUGAAGAUAUGAGGGUUACUUCAGAAGAGACAUUUGGUCCACUUGCCGCCAUUUUCAGCUUCGAGACCGAGCAAGAUGCUGUUCGCUUGGCCAACCACACCGAGUUCGGCCUAGCAGGCUAUUUUUUCUCCCGAGACGUAAAUCGCGUCAUGAGAGUAGCCUCAGAGCUACAGGUCGGAAUGGUUGGCGUUAACACUGGAAAAAUUUCCGGAUGUGAGACGCCAUUUGGUGGAGUGAAGGAAAGUGGCUAUGGGAGAGAAGGAAGCCUUCAUGGUAUUGAUGAGUAUAUUACCAUCAAGGCAAUUACUCUAGGAAACGUGCACUUAUAG